AUGGCUUCUUCACUCUUCUGGGCAGCAUGCCUAUUCGCAAUCCCACAUGUCAUGGCAGGCGGCCAGGUGCCCUCUACCAGCAGACUUGUUCUUACACAAUCGUCUGUUAAGCCUCUCAUCCAAGGACCACCACAGUACGUCGCCGAGAUCGUCAGCCCGGAUUACAGUCGCGACUCGUGCUGCUCAACGCGGGUCGGUGGCCGUUCCUUGUGGGUCUGUCGAGACUCCGCCGCCUAUGGAGGCAUGGGCAUCACAUUUCAGAGCACUGCCGGCUGGUCGAACUUGAACGCCGAUGGCACACCGGCGGUCCAGAAUGGUCAACUGGUGGUCACCCCCAAGAACACCGAAGCGUUCUACCCUCCAGCCGACAACCAAUGCAAGUCGGGCUCUCCGUCAGGGUUCUGCAGCACCGGCCGAUGGCCCAUCUGGCCCGACUCACCGCCGUUGCCGGUGACCGGCCUCGACGGCUCCGUGACGCUCUACACUUGGAUCCGCGAGGUGCAUUUCCCCGACUCCGAUAAGCUCGGCACCGACAGUGGGGACUUUCCCGCCAUCAGUCUCUAUCGCAGCGUGUACACCGGCGCGCCCGGCGACACCCUCCCGACGACAACCUUGUUCAAACAAGACUUCUACCCCGCCAACUCCGUCCCCUUCGGUCAAUACGGUUGGGUCCUCGGCCCCGACGGCUACGCUUACCUCUACGGUCAAGGUCGCUUCGGCACGAUGGUCGCGCGUGUGCUCCAAGGCAGCAUCGAAGACCGUGGCGCAUACACCUACUGGGUCGGAGGCCAAUGGGUUUCGACACCCCCUGGCCCCGGCGCCGAGUCUUUCACCGCCAUCAUCCCCAACGCGGGUAACGGGCAGCAAGGCACCUUCUACUACUCCUCAUACUACAACAUCUACAUCUGGAUCGGCCAGGACCUGCCCGGACUGAUCGGUAGCCCGAACAUGGUGUACAUGACCGCGCCGCGCCCGGAGGGACCUUGGACGUUCUCGACGUUCCUCAUGGCCUUCCCCAGCGGCGGACCGGAUUUCCGCGGCCAGUAUUCAUUCCAGGCGCACCCCGGCAUGAGCGAGAACGAGGGCAACGGCCGCGACAUCUAUGUCAGCGAGACGGUCGAUCUGGGCAGCGGAUACAAGAAUUACUUGUACAAGAUUCAGUUCCAGACGCUGUGA